AUGGCCAACCGCUUCUCGUCUCCAUGCCCCACCUCCCAUGACACCCCAGGGCAAUCUGGAUUCUUCGCCAGUCCGUCAGGGUCAGCUAUACCACGUCGGAAGUCGCUCCCAUACAUUAGAACAAAGAGGAAGAGCAUAUCCAGCCCUCUCCCAAGUCCUCAUUACCCGAAAAGUCCUCAUUCCUCACGGAAAAGCAGAAUUCCUGUUCGAGAGUCACCGAAGAAAACGGUCGACGACGAUCAGAGCGACUCCGAAGUUGACCUCAGUGAAUACACCUUUGACCUGAACAAGCUCCCUGAUCAGCUGGUCAGUAUUGGGAAGGAAGACGGUGAGAAGAGACAUAAAUCCCAAGAUGAGAAGACCACGACAUCCUCCGAUCUCGAUGGCCCAGAGGAUUUUACGUUGAACAUGGUCGAGCUUCUGAAGAAUGUGGAUCUGGAGGAUACUCAACGCACCCAAGUGCAGGUCAGACGAAGCGAGGAUAAACACAAUUGUGAUGAUGGUGGCGAAGAAAAAGGGGAGAGAGAAGAUGGACAGGACGAUGGACACGAUCUGGACGGGCCUACGAGAGCGACAGGAUUGCAGGACUACACCCAGCUGGACCAUACUAUGGAAACCUCUACACCGGCACAUUUACUCUGGAGGGAUGUAAAUGCAACUAUGCAACACGACUCAACUUCGAAACGUCAGCCGAGUCCACCUACACAAAAUAACAAGGCAGGUGACUUGGAAGAAAACUCAGUUAUCUAUACCCAAGGCCGAAAGUUCGCUCCGACAACACCAACGAUAGACCUUUCUAGGAUUGACGAGACGACUACCAGCCAACAAGGAGACCAAACUUUGUGUGCGGCCCAGCAGAUUUGCCAACUCGAGUUGGACCUUGAGGCAAAAACUCGACGUAUCCAGGAGAUGGAAGCAAAGUUGGCGGAGACAGCCUCGUUACACAAACAGAUAAACGAUCUAAAACAACAACUGCAAAGGCGUGAGGAAAUAACAAAGCUGAGUGAUACCGAACUUAACGACCUACGAAAAGCCAAGUCGGAGUUGGAGCAAACACGGAAUGAACUCGCUAGCCAAACUUCGAAGGAGUCUACUCUCAGGAACAACCUAAAGGAGAAAGGCAAACAGCUAAAGGAGGCAGAGAAGCAGCUGGAUGACGCCCGCACAGCCCAUAAACGCUACUCGGAGGAAAUGGGCACAGAGCUCAAGCAAGUAAAGCAAGAAUGCGAGAAGAAGCUGGGCGGAGUUUACAGCCUGAAAUAUCAACUGACCUCCACUACCCGAGAACGAGAUUCGUUCCAAAAGAAGAUAGAGGACCUCGAGUGCACCAUUCAGAACUUAAAAGCACAAGUGGAAACCACGGAGUCUCAGAAGGCAGAAGAAGCUGCGGAGAGUUUAGCAAGGCUCAGGGAGGUUCAGAAGUUUGCCGGAGAGCUAGCUCUCCCUGCACUAGGAAAACCCUUCUUUGAAAUCAUUGACCUUCUUCGAGAACAUAUUAAGACUCUCGGGGAAAAAUCUUCGGAGCAACAAAAUGAGCGUUCAAAGAAGUCUGAAGAGGCCCAGAAGGAAUUGCAAAACUUAGUAAAGAAAGCCAAUGGUGUAGCACGGCUCGAAGCUCGUAAAGCUGAGCUAUACCGUGAUCGGCUUAGUGAGACGACUUCCAAAAUUGAUUCAGUCAAGAAUGAAAAUACUGAGCUGCUCGAGAGGAUUGCUGUUCUUACGUGUGAUAAUGCAAAGCUCAAAAAGAGAGCUGCGGAAUCUACCCAGGAACAUGAUCAAGCUCUUAAUGCGCUACGAAAUCUUCGAAAUGAGGCCGAAGAGUCACACAAGUUACAAAUUGCAAAACUCAAAGCCUCCCACUCUGAGCAGCUGGCCAAGUAUCGGAACAACAAGCAAGGCCCCAGUAGCGAGCUGCAGGCUCGCUUGGCCGCAUCUAAGAACAGAGAAAGUGUUCUGACAGCGGAGCUCAAAGCGGAGCAGACGGCCAGAGAAAGACUUGAGGAGGAUAUCGUGCGCAUGGAAACAGAAAUAGCACACCACCAUAUGACACAAAAGAGGCUUGAGGCUAUUAUCAAGGCUAACACUUCGGCAGCAAAGAAGAUCGAUGGCAAGAUCGUUGAAAUCAUGCGGGAGAGAGAAGACGCUUGGAAAGCCCGAGUCGAUGAGCUCACCAAGGACAAUGAGAAAUUGGGCAAGGUGUUAAUGACCAUGUGGGGAAAACAGGAGGUCGGUGAUAACUCCAAGUCUAAAGAAAAGGGGGAUAAACAGAGGUAUAAGUAUAAAUACGCCAGAAAGACGCAGGAAAUUGAGAUUGGGGAGAUCUGGAAUACUCUUUUAGGGGAGCCAGAUGCGUGA